AUGCUGCCCCUGUUGAAUCUCACCCCCCCCAAGGAGGUCAUUCCUGGAAAAUACAUAAUACAGUUGAAGCCCGACACUGACGUUGCAUCCAUCGCCGCGCACCACAACAAGGUUCGCAGCAUAUACGCGCGCAACCUUGCUCGACGAGGUGAAGAUGGAACAAGUGGUUCUCCUGUCGAACGCGAGUUCGGCUUCGGCGAUUUCAAGGCCUAUGCCGGAUCCUUCGACGAAGCGACCAUCGAGGAGCUGAAGGCGAUGCCAGAAGUACUUGACGUUGAGCAAGAUUUCAUCAUGAGGACCCACGCAAUCGUGACUCAAGAAAACGCACCGUGGGGUCUUGGUAGCAUCUCUUCCCGGACACCAGGAGCUUCUUCUUAUGUCUACGAUGACAGUGCGGGCGAUGGCACGUUCACCUACAUAAUGGACUCUGGUGUUCGCGUCAGCCACGCUGACUUUGAAGGACGAGCAACUUGGGGGAUCAACACCUCGUCAGGCAGCCAGGCCGCCGAUGAUGAUGGACAUGGAACUCAUGUCGCUGGUUCCGCUGGUGGAAAGACCUAUGGCGUCGCUAAGAAGACGAAUAUCAUCGCUGUCAAGGUGAUUCAGGGUUCCACAGGUUCGGCAUCGGCCGUGUUCGCUGGUUUCGACUGGACUGUGAACGACAUUGUCUCCAAGGGUCGCCAGAACACUGCCGUCAUCAACAUGUCCCUCGGCUCCACAGCUUCGACGACAUGGGAUGCAGCUAUCACCGCGGCAUGGAAUAAAGGCGUCCUUGCCGUCACGUCUUCCGGUAACGCAGAGUCGCCUGCAGCCGAAUAUUCGCCUUGUCGUUCACCAGAGAUAAUUUGCGUCGGAAAUAUCGAGAUAACCAACAAGCGACACGGCGGUCCCGGAGGUUCGAACUACGGCCCUGAGGUUGACAUCUUCGCUGCUGGUACGAAUGUCACCUCCGCAUCUUACCUAAGUGACACUGGCUCGGCACGGCAGACUGGUACAUCGAUGGCUUCUCCUCAUGUAGCAGGUCUGAUCUCAUACAUUCGUGCGCUCGAAGGCCCAAUGAGUGCUGCGGCGGUUAAGGCAAGGUUGUUUGAAUUGGCUACUCUGGAUGUUGUCACCGAUCCUAAGGGUUCCGUUAACCGACUCGCAUACAACGGCAACAACCGCCGAUGA